AUGUCUUGGGAUAACGACGAUUUUGAAGUUCCUGUUAUUAAAGAUAACGACAAACCAAUCCUGGAAUCGUGGGAUGAUGAAUUUACUACUGCUGGUAAUGACGACGAUGCUGAAAUAUUAGAGUCAUGGGAUGCUGAAGAAAAACCAAAAACAAAACCUGCCGCUAAACAGACUCAAACGAACAACAAAAAAAAAAAUACCACCAAAAACGGAAAUGAUAAAGUCUUAUUAGAAAUCGAUACUCUAGAUGAAAAAACACGUAAAGAGUUGUUAAAAAAGGCAGAAAUAGAAAGCGAUUUAAAUAAUGCUGCUGAUUUGUUUGGUGGUUUAGGUAUAACCGACGAACAUCCAAAGGCUAGGGCAGCAAGAUUAAAAGCAGAACAAGAUUCUUUACUGUUGAAACCUGCUGGUUUUACUAAAGAUACCCCCAUUGAAUCACAUCCUUUAUUUGCUCAAGCUGAAACUAAGCAAGAUUUUGAUAACCUAAGAAAAUCUUUGAGUAAAGCAAUUACAUCAAUGAAUCAAAAAUCUCCACUAUAUUAUUCUUCUCAUUUAACUGUUGAUUUGAUCAGGGAUAUUUCUAAACCAAUGAGCAUCGAGAAUAUUAGACAGGCUGUUGCCACUUUGAAUGUUGUUAUCAAAGAAAAGGAAAGACAAGAAAGACAAGCUAGGUUGGCUAAAGUUAAAGGUGGCACUGCUACCGGUGGUGCUGGUAAAAAGAAGGCGAAAGCUGGGAACGCCAAUUUGGGUGGUGCUUUUAAGAAGGAAAAUGAUAUUGUAGUGGAUCAAUUUGAUGAUUAUGGUGAUUUUGGUGAUGAUGAUUUCAUGUGA